GUAAUCAAUUUCCCUCUUGUCUUGCAUCCUUAUACCACACAACCUUCAAGAAACAAUGAAGCUCAACAACAACAACCAAAUGCCCUUCAUCAACCUAUCACUCUUAUCCAUAAUCCUCAUAUGUUUUGCACUAGACAAAUGUGUAGCCCAUCCCCAUAGUUCCACGGACACGGUGCCCAGUUAUGAAUUAUUAAAGUCAACUGAUCAAAACGCUAGUUCUCCAAAAUCAUCAAGUGACUCAAAGACACCAUCUUAUGUCCUUUCUUCUGAAGCACCUGUUGCCCAGAGUCCAACUAACGCUGAUGCACCUGAUGCUCAAAGUCCGGCCGACGCUGACGCUCCUGAUGCCCAAAGUUUGACCUUAGGGGACAGUUCUGGCUAUUCAUCCUCCUUCUUUGGUGCUUUUGCUGACAUUCUUAAAGGCGAGGACCUUUCCACAACAAUGCCUCAACAAGGUGACUCAAGUACCAAACUUGACAAGAAUAGCAAGGUGGAACAAAUAUGUGCCCACACACAAUACCCAGACAUUUGCCUUAAAACCAUUCAACCUUUGCUAAGCCACAACGUCAAGAUUGAAAUCACAACAGCGCUUGAAGUUGCCAUAAAGGCUUGUGCUAGCCAAGUAAAGUUGACCAUAACCAAGGUGGAAAAACAUGCUGCUACAUCACUAGAGCUUGCGAACGAGCUUGCUGAUUGCAAGGAAAAAUACCAGAAUGCCUUGAAAAGCCUCCAGAGCGCGAUCCGGGGCAUCCCGGAUCAUGAUUUUGGAAAACUUAUCAUCACGCUCAGUAGUGUCAUGGCAGAUGUUUCAACAUGUGAAAGCAAAUUUGAGGAUAUGAAAUCAUCAUCAACCAAAUCAAAAACUGAUGGUUUAGUAAGCAUCAUGCUCAACAAUUGUCUUUCCAUUGCAUCUUUGGUCCGCCAUUAAAUCAACGUAUGCCCAGUACUCCACAACCAAGCUUCGAAGCUGCGUGUUGCGAAUUGAUAUAUUCUAUAGUGAACAUUAAGUAAGAAAGUACUAGUUGGUUAGGGUAUAUGAAGUCUUAAAGAGAGUCAGAGAUAUUUGUGCAUUGUAUGCACUUUUCACUUUUCUUUUGCUAAUAAAUUUUGAUAUUUGAGUCCUUAGACUCGUGAGAGGUUUGUGAUAAUUUUUGUGUUUUAUUUUCUGGAAGAUUUGUGUUAAUGAAAAUAGCUUCAAAUUAUCACUAGU